AUGGAAAACCGUCGAAGCCUCGCGGUCCGCGGUACCCCGGGCCCUAGCGGAUCUUCGGCAAGGAAACGGACUUCGGAUUUUGGAACCGAACCGUCAACGAGCCGGCGUAGGACCCAGGAUCCGCCUUCCGAGGUAGACGAUGAGAGCGACAUCGAGGAGUACGAUCCCGCGCAGUCUAUGCAACAGCGCCGGGAGAUCCAGCGGAGCAUGCGAGAGUUGCAGAAUCAAAUGCGCGAGAACCCAGAUGAAUUCAUGCAAUCAGAUCCCAAGGCCCUCCUCGAAUACCUUAAUCAGUCAGACCGCAUCAUCAAGAAUGUCAAGCAAACUGCCGAGGCCGCCAUCGAUUCGCGGGGGCUGGUGAUCGCAGCCGAUCUCUCCGCUCGCAGGGUGCAGCGGUUGACAUCUGGGAAUGUUGGAAACGGAAUCGAUAUUGACGAGUUCGUCUCUAAAUGCAUUACUUACAUGCUGCAAGGUCGUGGCAUUGAGGAUGACGAAGCAGUGGAGCUCUCCAGCACCCAAAGGAGGAGACGGCAGCCAAAUCGCGGCGCCCUAGGUAGUGACGACGAAGGCGAUGUUGGCGACGACGGCGACAUGAUGAACUGGGCCCACCUUGGUCGGUUUGCGUGCUUGCCCGCCAUCCGCCGGCCAGCACUCCCCGGUUUCCUCUUGGGCCCGCUGUCGAUUGAGAAGAAGGCGCGCAAGAUCACCAAGAGGUCGGCACCGUUCAGGGUUAAUAGCCUCCUGGAGGUCAGGCCAGAGGAACUCAGGGCGGAGGACUUGAAGAAAUCGGACAAGAAUGACCUUCCCUCCAUAUGCAAGAAAAUCCAUGUGCAGCUGGAGACGGCGCAGCAAGAAUCCCAGGACGCGGUGGAGGAUGCGGUUGAUAACCUCGACGAGGAACCCUCACCGGCCGAGCUAAGGGCAUUGAUGGACCGCUACGCGUUACGAUCUAAUGGAGGCAUCGACCUUUUACGAUUUGUUGUCAACCCUCAUUCGUUUGGGCAGACGGUCGAGAACAUGUUUUACGUCAGCUUCUUGAUCCGAGAAGGGAGUGUCAAACUUGGUUUUGACGACGACGGCCUCCCGGCUAUAGAACCCGUUCGGAAAAACUCAUCAGCGGAAGCAUCUCGUUCCAAAGCCGCCAUGAGACACCAGGCCAUCAUGUCCAUUGACAUGGCAACUUGGAGAGACAUCAUUGACGCAUUCGACAUAAAGGAACCCAUGAUCCCGAGCAGACAAGAGGAAGCCCAACAAGGGCCUGGUGCAAGGGGCUGCCCUUGCGCCGACCGUUGGAAUCGAGGAUACUCCAUCCAGUGCGCGCGGUUGUUCCAGUUCCAGCUCCAGUUCCAGUUUCCACUUCGCCUGGUUCGUAGCCCACGAAUAAGGCAUUUCUAUGUGCUCCGGGAGUCAACCUCAAUGGCGAACGAAAAUGUUCAUCGGCGGGUUGGGGUUCGACGUUGGAGAGACAAUUCAAAGGAGACCGACGCUUCCUCAAAGCCGUUCGAAACUUCUCUUGCACCAGGUCAAACGGCCCCUGAUGGAGAAUAUAUAGAAGGUACUGGUGAAGUGUCACCUACGUCGGGGUACCCCGUGUUUGAGGCUUGGGGCACCACCACUCCUUUAACAGCACCUGUCGCACCAUGGAUCGCAAAUAAAUCAUCACCAAAACUGUCCCCUGGGGACCAAGCCGACGUUGCUGCUUCGCAGAGAUCAAGAUCUGGCUCACCGGUAACACCAAUCGAACUGCCGCCCUCGAUAUUCCCUCCUCAACCGUAUGAUCGCCGCUCUCCAAUCGGAAGCCUUGUCAGCACCAACAGCAGCAACAAUAAAUUCCGUUCCGACCGCAGCAGCUUCGCUCGCCCCCAUAGGAAGCCGGACAUACUGAAGGACAUAUACCUGGCCAACCCUAAGAUUUUUAGCUCGCAUGAGGGCGAUUAUGGCCCGGAGUAUGGUUUCUGGACCGAGGAUAUUGCGACAACUGUCAAGAUACUGCUGGAUGAUGUUACGGAGCCGCCCCGGAACGGGAUGUUCCAAAGGGUAGACCCGGAGGGAGUGCUUCAGACUCUCGUUGCAAGCUCGGACGCGAGAGCUCACGAGCUCUGGGAACGUUUAUUGGCGUGCUACGACCUCGCCAUGAGAGGGAGGAGCGCUGCUUUUCUCGUGAUCGCAGACGUAUUGAAGAAGGUUUUUGAACAAGAGGGACGUGGGAAGCUUGAAUUGCGACUACGGAAGGCCGACGAGCAGAACGAAUCUCUCACCAGGGCUGUGGAAUUCCUUGAAGCGGAAAAGAUGCAAAGACUAGAGGAUAUCGAGGCCUUGGAGAAAGAAAAAAAGGGGUUGUUCAGGGAUCGGUGGGUACUCGAAGAAGAACAGCGCAAAAUCUUGGCCGUUCGAGAGGAACAUCUCCAGCGCCUAGAAAAGAAGCUCGACCAGUGGGGAGAAAACAUCAGCUUGCCGAUCAUCCAUUUAUCGCCCAGUGAUAAAGGUGAUGUUGAGACCAGGUUUGACUCCAUCAUCAAGGCAAUUGGAGUGGCAUACGAGGUCAUGAAAACGACCGACGAACGCCUCAGAGCGGCUGAGGAGGAAUGCGAAGAGCUACACACAACGAUUUUGGACGUGACAGACCUCCGGAUAACACAACUCGAACUGAAGAACCAGGAGCUCAAUAAGCAAAUGGAGACCGAACGAACUCAGACGAUUAAGAGGGAGAAACGUCACGCCGAAGUGCUAACGCGCUUGAGCCGAAACCGUUCACAGAACCAGGAACUCAGAUACGCGCUAGAAACGGAACGAGCUCGUGCGGCCCAGAGGGAAAGAAACGACGCCGACAUAAUAGCCCGCUUGAUGAGCGAAAAGGAAACUCUGAUCCGCGAGAAAGAGUUAGGAGACGGCAGGGUUAAGCAAGAGGUCGCUCUGUACCGGGACAAAUGUGAGAUGCUUCAACGGUCAGUUGACGAACUCAAGCGGAAGAUCGCCGAUAAGGCUGUGGAGGCGGCCCGCGAAGAGAAGGAAUAUGAGCGCAAGGUGGAGGAGAUCAAGAAUUCUGUAGAAGGCCUACAGACCACGGUCACCAGUGGGAUUGGUGGACUUGAAGGCAGCCCAGGCGCGCACUCAUCGCCCGGCAGCUCCCAAACAUUUCUCCUGCCCAAGGAGGCUAUUUAUGAGAUCAAGGCAACUCAGCUCCAGGCCAUCCAGUCUAGUCAGGCUACCAUGGAAGACAUCAAAGCAGCGAUCAAGGACGUUGUGGACCGAGUAUCAAGGAACCAGGUAAAGACUGAGGCAACGCAUCUCGGCGAAGCCCAACAGAUCCUAGACGAACUUCGGAAACUCGCCGUCUCGACGGAUUUAUGGAUUGAACAACACCGAACUGUUGAGAAAAACGAGGAAUUAAUACAUGGCGAACUCGACGCGCUCCAGCAGCAGCUCCAAUUAAAUCAACACGCGUUUCAGGAGAUUGGACAACAAGUCGAGGAGCACUAUGCCCAACUCCAAACAGCCAAGAUGGUCCCUAAACAAGCUAGAGACACGGGAAUGCUCUCGCCCGCGUAUCCUGGCGACAUAAUCCCGUCCAAGGAUCUAUCCUUUGGUGCCAGCGUCGAGGAGAUACAGUGUCUGAGGGCUAGCAGGGAGAUCAUCUUACAACUGAGGUUGCCCCUGCAUAAGAAGAAAGGCAUGGUGUUUGACACGCUGGUGCACUCGCGUAUAGACAUGCUCCAUCAGCUGUGGCAGAGGCUCGCUGAAGUGGACCCCAAUACUCCGGCCGAAGACCUCAUCAUUGAGUUCGAAACGACUCUCAAGGCGUACCAAGUGUACGGAAUCGAGAAAGACUUGACGGGCUUCGACGAGAUUCUCGCCCAUUUCGACUCGCUCUUCGAGGGCCUCCUAAAGCUCAAACAAUACACCACGCAACCGCGAAGAGCCGAGCGGGAACUGUUACGGGGAAUCCAUUCGAAAAUCGAGAAGCUUGAAGCCAAUCGGGAUACACUUGCGACCCUCGCGACGGAGCACGAGGCAUAUCGGACAAAACAGUCACUUCGCUCUCUCGAAUCUCGUCAGUGGGAGGAGGUGUUACUUCUUACCAUUAAUUUCCUUGACGCUAACGGCGACGUAUGGAGCUUGCCGGCCACAUCCCGCGAGGAGGGAGAAGCAACCCUGGAGAAGUUAGUAUCUCAAGUCCACGAGAUGACGGCCGACGCGCAUCUGGUCAAUCGAAGGCGCGAGAUACAGGAAAUCAUGAUGGAGCAAGACAGCCGGCUAAUGGCGUUGGCUACUGAAAUACCCAAGGUCAAGGUGCGAGCCGAUGACUUGAUGAAACGGGUUGCGGCGUUCGACAGAGUACAAAUCAGGGGGUUCAGGACAAACGCACCAAAGGUUAAACCGAUGGACCUGACCCUCAGAGCUGCGCUCAAAAGACAUGAAACCAGAUUGCGCCGAGAAUACCAGUUCAGCAGUGCACGCCUUCACGUGCUGGAUGCCGAUCAAGCGCAACUGCACGAUUACCUCGAGCGAGCAGCCGCGACGCUGCUGCGCCGGCGGAAAGACGAGCACCUCGUCGCCAUCCGCUCCCUCCUGCCAAAGACCACCACGGCCAUGGCGUCCUCAUCUCCUCGGAUCCCCUCUGGUCCUCCCUCUGCCGCUUGCUGA